GAUUUUUGUAAAUACUACUUGCGACACUAAAACUAAAGUAGCUUAGAAUCUGUGUUAGAUCGGUAAUUAGUGGUAGCAAUUGCUAAAGGAAUCAACAGGGAAGAAAUGGGUAUUGUUUUUACUCGGAUGUUCUCCUCUCUGUUCGGUAACAGAGAAGCUCGAAUUCUCGUACUGGGUCUUGACAAUGCUGGCAAAACUACUAUUCUCUAUCGGCUUCAGAUGGGUGAGGUAGUCUCUACAAUUCCAACGAUUGGGUUUAAUGUAGAGACUGUACAAUACAACAACAUCAAGUUUCAAGUAUGGGAUUUAGGUGGUCAGACAAGCAUCAGGCCAUAUUGGAGAUGCUAUUUCCCAAAUACACAAGCAAUAAUUUAUGUUGUUGAUUCAAGUGACACUGAUAGAAUUGGAAUAGCCAAGGAAGAAUUUCAUGCCAUUUUAGAGGAGGAUGAACUUAAAGGUGCAAUAGCCCUAAUUUUUGCUAACAAGCAGGAUCUACCUGGUGCGCUUGAUGCUGCUGCCGUGACCGAGGCUUUGGAGUUGCACAAAUUAAAAAACCGUCAGUGGGCAAUAUUUAAAACAUGUGCAGUCAAGGGUGAAGGACUUUUUGAGGGCAUGGACUGGUUAAGUAAUACUCUCAAAUCAGGAGGUGGCUAAAUUAUUUCCAGAUCCCAAGAUUUUUACUAAAUGUACCCAUAAGUUUCACCACCAUUGACUUGCGGUUGGCAUGUGAUUUAUUACUUGCAGUUUCUUAUGUUGUUUAAAUUACAGGUCAGAACUUGUACAAUUUGAGUUGAUAGAUGGUGUUUUAAACUUGGUUUGAACCAAUUUUGGAAAAUGGAAGGAAGGGUUUUGUUCUUAAA